AAAUGUGACUUUUCAUUAAAAGUAAAUAAUAUUAUAAGUGUUUUGUUAAAACUCUCAAAAUAAUAACACUAAAAGGCUAAGGGGUGUAGGGCACUUAAUCCUAAAUUAUAAUAAGAAAAGAAAAAAAAAAGGUUAAUUGAUAAACCAACCGCCUAUAUAAACAGAAGGGUAGAGCCGGUUGGCAGUAAUAAAAGAGCAGAAAAAAAAUCCCAGAGAGAGGGAGCAGAGCGAAAAUGGAGAUGGCGAGUGCAAGUGCGAGUGGGAGAAAAAGGAAGACGACGAGUUUCAAGAGCGAAAAGAUGUUUCUAGAAGAUUACCUUCUCCUCAUUCAGUCCAACUCCCACCUCCAUCUCACCGUCGCUCAUCUCAAUCAGAUCAUUGGCAUGCACGGAUACAAGAAGAUCUACAAAGUUCCCAAGAAACGUUUGAGCGACGCCGUGAGUUCGCUGUCGCUUGUCGAUCCGGCUCGCUCGACGCUCAAAGACUACAUCUCGCCGUUUGUGAUCACUACCCUGGAGGAUGUCGUCGCCGACCUCGCCGACCUCAACUGGAAGGAGUGCUGCGUCACCUCCGUUGAAACUCUAAGCUCGUGGAAAUACACAACCAUCGCUCCUGCUGCUCCUGCGAGCCUCCGCCACGACCUCGUCCAAUACUCCCAGCUUCAACAAUCACCGCCGUUGGCCCUUGAUUUCAGACCCUACGGCGUCGUUUCGGCUCCUAACUCUGCUUCCGAGACCGCUCCUCCAGCGAAAAAACUGGUGACGAAGAGGAGGAGGAAGCGAUCGCCGAUAGCCGCGGGUUUCGCUCGUGCUGCUCUGGACUCUUUUUCGUACGGAUCGUGCUGACGUCACAGCAGACUUACCGUGUUGGCGGGAGUUGGGCACUUGAUUGGUAGAGCUGUGAUAUUCGUGUAAGGAGAGGGGUAUUUCUGGAAUUUCGUGUAGAUUGGUACAAUUGUGUUUGUGAAGAAGUGUUAAGGGUAUUUCGGGCUUUU